AGCGUACGAAUGCUGUGGCGAGUGCACGACGAGGCUCUUGGGAUGGCCUACAGUUUGCAGGAUCGUCCAUCCUGUGAUGCUGUUGUUUCCGGCCACACGUGUCCGCUCUCGUCGUAGCGUCGCGAGUCAAUCGGAUGGUCGCGAUCGGGCAGGCUGCAUUAUUUCAUCUCUUUUUGCCGUUGUUUCUCUCAGUUAUUCUGUCUUCUCUUUUGAUAUCUGCUGUCUCUUAUAAGUUAUCAGCCAGGUCCAUCAGGACUGCGGGGGAGGCUUGAUCUGCGCAUUGCAUCGAUUCCCCACUGCUGUUUACCUGCCCUAGUACUGUACUAUUCUACGACUAACUACUGUACCCGCUCGCUCCGCCAGGGCAUCUUCAGCCCACCGGAGGGACGGUGCAAACUGCUCAUAUUACAGGCCAAAUUCAACGUGGAGAGGCAGUUUUCACUUCUCACGCAUGAAUUGCCGUUCGUCUUCCACCGAUGGCGAACGAUCCGGUCCAGUUUCAGGGCCCUGUCGAAGCGAGAUCACUGGCAGCCAUCACCGCAUUAGCUGCAAAUCCGCCCGCUUAUCCCCGGAACCCAACGCAGGAAUCACUGGGGCCUCUGGUGCUGUAUAUUCUUAGGGUGCCAGGAAGUCGAGAUGUGUUCCUGACCCCUCUUAAACCUCCCACCAAAUCCAGCGUUUCCGCAGAGGCUAUCAACUCUUCUCUGUACUAUCUGCAUGUGUCGUCGCCGGACGAUGAGCUUGUACUUCAGAGUCUUGAGCAGGAACAUGGGUCGAAAACACAGCAGAACCCCGCGGAGGACAAUGGCGACCACGGAAAUGCCCAAAAUCCCGCUCAACCGGAGGAAUUCAUGAGGCUAAAUAACGUGAAGAGAAAGCCUGUGGGAGGCGCCUCAAGUCAGAGUCCUCCACCGCCUGUGCCUCCGCCGCAUCGGGAACAAGUAUCGACAGCUCCAGAGGAGACAGCUGGACCUCCGUUACCGCCUCGACCGCUCCAAACAUCCGCAGUGGAUAGUGGGCUGGGAGGAGCAGAGCUAUUCCCUCAGAUGUUUGACGAGGAAAGAGCCCCAGGGUUCCCUGGACGCAGCGAUUCUGUUUAUACCAUCCGACGGCGGCCAGUUCCUUCACUGCCAGGAAACGAUGCGUCGUCGAGGCCUACAACAAUAGGUGACGUCCCCGGGAACCCGAAGAGAUGGAGUGCACAGCCGGACCACCUUCAUGGGCGGACUCCAACCGCAUGCAAAGAACAUUAUGACAACUCGCUAGGUGGGCGGUACAGCUUGGAUGCUUCACGUCCGGCCGUCCAGAGUAGACCCUCGCAAAGGCGAAGAGCGUUUCCUUCGAGAUGGCCUCGACUGUCUCCUCCUAGAGGUAGCUCCGAGACUCCUGAAGAUAGGCCAACUCCCAGCUUCCACAUCACCCUCAUAAGACGUGAUCCGACCCAUGGGGUACAAUGGAACGUUGGAAGUAUCUCGAGCUCCGUUGAGGACAACAGUACGAUCGACCUUGAGAUAUCGACUCCUGGAUAUGGUAGGUUCGCGGGACAUAACGAACCGUUAUCCCUCGAAGCAUUGGGCUUUAACGUCCCUUCUGCGAACCGACAGAGAGGCUCUUCUCUAUCAUCUAUGGCCGAGGACCGACACAACGCAUCUCAAGGCCGAAACGGCUCCAAAGCGUUCCUUCGGAAACUCUACGUCUCAACGCCGCCAGUAAAUAAAUUCCGACAUAACCGCGAAAACUCGGGAGGAUCUAUGGAAUCUCCAAAUAAUGGCAGUGGAAGUCCACCAAAGUCGUCCGGACCAUCAAAGUUAAAGAGCGGCUACUAUACGUUCACUUCCCCCUGGAAUGGCACCUGCACGUUUUCCACCAGCCUCAACGGUCGAAGUCUCAAGUGCAAGCACAUGAUUCCAGGACCUGCAGCAGCAGAGAACCCAGCAACAACCGUCGCGGAGAUACGAUUCAACAUCCCUCUAACACACCCACAUCACCAUCUUCAACCCAACCAACAAUCCCCCUUCUCUCUCAGCCAGCUAGCAGCUCUCUCUCAACGAGAAGGUAAACGGAGCUCGCUUGCUCUCCUCCUCAACCCGAACACCUACCGACCCCAUUCUCGCUCUCUCGGCUCCGACGCUCUCCUCCCAAAAUUCCCACGCGGCAGGUCCCAAUCCAACAGCAGCACCGACACAGACGAGAAACCCCCACCAGACACUCCUGAUCGUGACAUCGACGACGAGGAUCGUUUCGAUCUCUCUCUAGCUCGCGAGCGAGCCGGAGGCGGCCUCGACGGAAAGGACGCCAAGCUUGGAAAACUCAUCAUCGAAGACGAAGGGCUUAAAAUGCUCGAUCUCCUCAUUGCAGCUUGUAUGGGCGUCUGGUGGCGCGCGUAUUACCAUGCAUAGCACACACACCUCUUUUUCUUUUGUCCUUUCUUUUUUUUUUUUUU